CUUCUCGACUUCCCCGCAGUGUAAAACCUACCUCCUCCCUCCUCCCUCCUCCCUCCUCCAUACUCCAAUCACAAAUUCCACACCAUAAAUUUCAUUCAAACCAAAUUUUCCCUACUCCCAUUUCAAUGAAGCAAAAAUCAAGCUCUCUAAAUAUGGCGACGCCUCUACUUCCUUUCUUCAUCUUCUCCUUAUUCUCCAUUUCCGCCUCUCAGUCAACCGGUUCUCUGCCUCAACCUGCUUCUAAAUCCUUAUCCAUUGCCUAUAUUCGGGAAGCGGGAGAUUGCAAUUACAGAGUCAAUAUAACAACAAGCUGCUCAUCCCCUUUCUAUAUUAGUUCCGAAAUCGGCGUUCUGUUUGGGGACGCUCAUGGGAAUCAGAUAUAUGAGCCAAAGCUAGAAGUUGAAAGCGGCAAUGCAUUUGGGAAAUGCAGAAAAGACAUAUUUGAACUGAUAGGACCAUGCACUGACCAGAUAUGUUUCUUUUAUCUUUACAAGAACGGCUCAGACGAUUGGAUUCCAGAGACUGUAGAAAUCUCCAGCCCUGAUAUUGACACUGUUAAAUACACAUACAACUCCUCAAUCCCGAAUGACACAUGGUAUGGCUUUGAUGACUGCCAAUACUUUCCGUCACCAUCACCGCCACCACCACCGCCUCCAUCAGUCCCUUCCACAGCCGGCUGUCUGCCAAGGUGGAAAUGGCUUGCUUCUCUGAUCCCUGUGCUUUUCAGCAGCUUUUUGCUAUGAAUGUUAUUGUCAGUCUGUAUUAUGGGUUUUGGCUUGGUGGGCUAGAUAUAUUUUUUGUUUCUAUUUUGAUCCACCGCUGUGUCUGUAUUUGUACUGUAUUUUCGAAUUUGAUGAUCAUAUGAAGAGCUGUGUAAUUCAACUUUGAUAUAUGUAGAAACGGAUUUGAUGGAGUUGUGUUA